AUGAAGGGGGUAUUGAGGUUCGAGAAGAAGGGGAAGCUCAGUUUAAGGUAUAUUGGGCCUUUUGAGAUUCUGGACUGGAUUGGAACUGCAGCAUACCAAGUUGCUCUACCACUGAACCUGUCAGGAGUUCAUAAUGUGUUCCACAUAUCUAUACUUAGGAGGUACAUCUCUAACCCUUCUCAUGUGAUUGGUCAUGAAUUCGUGCAGUGGAUGCCGGAUCUGUCCUAUGAGGAGGUGCCGAAACAAAUCCUUGAUUGUCAAGUCCGAAAGCUGAGGAAUAAGGAGACCAAAAUGGUGAAGAUUCUAUGGGGAAAUCAGCUUAUAGAGGAAGCUACAUGGGAGACUGAACUGGAUAUGUGCAACCGCUACCCCAAACUAUUUGGUAAGUCAAAUUUUGAGGAUGAAAUUUUUAUAAGGAGGGGAGAAUUGUAA